CCUCCGCCGUUCCUCUCUCCUCCCUGUCACACACACACUGCCCUCCCCCUGUCCGAGUGCUGUCCCUGUCCUUCCCUCCUCCCUUCCCUCUGACACACUCCCCCUCUCCCGCUCAGUGCGGUGCGUGGCUGCGGGCCGGAUGGACCGUAACCGGAGUCUCUGGGCGCAGCUUCAGUGUGUGAACCGGAGCGAGAGCGGAAUCCUGAAUGGAUCGUGCGGGGAACCGGGGACAGGGAGAGCUGCCCUCACCGGGAGAAAAGACCUUGAUUACACUGUCAGGAUCCUGCUGUACUCAAUCAUCUUCCUCCUGAGUGUUUUCGGAAAUACAAUGAUUAUUGUGGUGCUCAUUCUCAACAAGAGAUUGCAGACAGUCACCAACUCUUUCCUGCUCUCGCUGGCCCUUAGUGACCUGAUGGUUGCCCUUUUCUGCAUGCCAUUCACCCUCAUCCCCAACCUGCUGGGAGACUUCAUCUUUGGGCAGGCCAUGUGUAAGAUCACAGCUUAUUUCAUGGGGAUCUCGGUCAGUGUUUCCACUUUCAGCCUGGUGGCCAUUGCGAUCGAGCGAUACAGUGCAAUCUGUAACCCGCUGAAAUCCCGGGUCUGGCAGACUCGCUCUCACGCUUACCGGGUCAUUGCUGUCACCUGGCUCCUGUCCAUUGUCAUCAUGAUCCCAUAUCCCGUCUACAAUCUGCUGCACCCCUUCCUGAAGGCCGAUCGCAGCACAGCUCAUAACUGUCGCCUAACCUGGCCCAGCAAACAUGUACAACAAGCCUGGUACUUGUUCCUGUUAUUUAUCCUCUUCUUUUUCCCUGGAGUUGUGAUGGCCACUGCUUAUGGACUGAUCUCCAGGGAGCUCUACAGGGGAAUCCAGUUUGAGAUGGACCAAAGAAAGGAAGCUAAAGCCCAGGUGAGUGGUAACACUGGCUCCAGCCUGGAACACAGCGAGGACAGCGAUGGCUGCUACCUGCAGGUGGGAAAGCGCAGGAAUACGAUGGAGAUGGUGACCCUGACCCCCAGCUCCAGCGCCAAGCUGGACCGUGCUCGCAGCAAUGCCUCUGAGUCGAAGCUGGUGGCCAAGAAGCGGGUGGUCCGGAUGCUGAUUGUCAUCGUAGUCAUGUUCUUCAUCUGCUGGAUGCCCAUCUACACCGUCAACACCUGGCGUGCUUUUGACAACCAGAAUGCUAUAAAGCAUCUCUCUGGGGCGCCCAUCUCCUUCAUCCACCUGCUGUCAUACACCUCGUCCUGUGUAAACCCCCUGGUCUAUUGCUUCAUGAACAAGAGAUUCCGAAAGGCUUUCCUCAGCACCUUCGCACGCUGCCUACGUCCCCUCACCCUCCUCCGAGAGCAGGAUGAGGAGCCUGGAGCGACUGGCACCUCCCUGUCCAAGUUCAGUUACACCACUGUCAGCACGGUGGGCCCCCCCUAGACACCCUCACCACCACUUCACUGCCCCCCCCAAACUCCUCACCACCCCCUCAC